AUGCGGUACAGUCUGCAGUGCCUCAAUAACGGCAAAGGAAGGUGGCGGUGCGUCAAGCAGAGGAACGGAUGUCGGGCUAUCGUGGUGACGCACAACGGCGUAUUUCAAUACGUGAAAAAUGACCACAAUCACCCGCGGGAAAUGGGCUGCAAGGGGAGAAAAUUUACAGACAUUACAACAGAGUUUCCGUUGAGU